GAGACCAAACGCGGCGAGCUCACCAUCACCAUCAUCAUCCUCCUCCUCCUCAUCCUCCUCCUCACAGCUGAAGAUGGCGGACCCGGCCGAGUGCACCAUCAAAGUCAUGUGCCGUUUUCGGCCUUUAAACGGUUCGGAGGUGAUGAGGGGGGACAAAUACAUACCCAAAUUUCAAGGAGAAGAUAACGUGGUCAUCGGGGGAAAGCCGUACGUGUUUGAUCGGGUGUUUCAGUCGAACACUACUCAGGAGCAGGUUUACAACGCAUGUGCUCAGAAGAUUGUUAAAGAUGUGCUUGAGGGUUAUAACGGUACAAUAUUUGCUUACGGGCAAACCUCCUCUGGAAAAACACACACCAUGGAAGGGAACCUGCACGAUCCAGAUGGCAUGGGCAUUAUUCCACGCAUCGUCCAGGAUAUAUUCAACUAUAUUUACUCCAUGGAUGAAAACCUGGAAUUCCACAUCAAGGUCUCCUAUUUUGAGAUUUACCUCGAUAAGAUCAGGGAUUUGCUCGAUGUAUCUAAGACCAACCUAUCUGUACAUGAAGACAAGAACAGAGUUCCUUACGUAAAGGGAUGCACUGAGCGGUUUGUGUGUAGCCCAGAGGAAGUGAUGGACACUAUUGAUGAAGGCAAAUCCAACAGACAUGUGGCUGUCACAAAUAUGAACGAGCACAGCUCCAGGAGUCACAGUAUCUUCCUGAUAAACGUCAAGCAAGAGAACACACAGACGGAGCAGAAACUGAGCGGGAAACUCUACCUGGUGGAUUUAGCGGGAAGUGAGAAGGUCAGUAAAACCGGAGCAGAGGGUGCUGUGUUGGAUGAAGCCAAAAACAUUAACAAAUCUCUUUCCGCUCUGGGCAACGUCAUCUCUGCUCUGGCUGAAGGAACGACGUACGUUCCCUACAGAGACAGUAAGAUGACGAGGAUCUUGCAGGACUCUCUGGGUGGAAACUGCAGGACCACCAUAGUGAUCUGCUGCUCUCCAUCUUCCUUCAAUGAGGCAGAGACCAAAUCUACGCUCAUGUUUGGACAGAGAGCAAAGACCAUCAAGAACACGGUGUCUGUGAACGUGGAGCUGACAGCCGAGCAGUGGAAGAAGAAAUAUGAGAAGGAGAAAGAGAAGAACAAGACACUAAAGAACACCAUCACCUGGCUGGAGAACGAGCUCAACCGCUGGAGGAACGGUGAGAGCGUCCCCAUUGAGGAGCAGUACGAUAAGGAGAAGGCAAAUGCUGAUGUUUUGGCCCUGGAUAAUGUGAUGAACAAUGAUAAAUUUACCUCGUCUCCCAGCGUGCCUGGCCUUAAAUUCACUGACGCUGAGCGUGAGAAGUGCGAGGCUGAAUUGGCCAAACUCUACAAACAGCUUGAUGACAAGGAUGAUGAGAUAAAUCAGCAGUCUCAGCUGGCUGAGAAACUCAAGCAGCAGAUGUUGGAUCAGGAAGAGCUGCUGGCCUCGACACGAAGGGACCAUGACAACCUGCAGGCGGAGCUCACCCGUCUUCAGAUGGAGAACGAGGCGUCUAAAGAGGAGGUGAAGGAGGUGCUGCAGGCCCUGGAGGAGCUUGCUGUUAACUAUGAUCAGAAGAGUCAGGAGGUGGAGGACAAGACCAAGGAGUUUGAAGCCCUAAAUGAAGAGCUCAACCAGAAAUCUAGCGUUCUUGCAUCUAUUGACUCUGAGCUGCAGAAACUGAAGGAAAUGACCAACCACCAGAAGAAGAGGGUCACUGAGAUGAUGUCAUCACUGCUUAAAGACCUGGCAGAGAUUGGCAUCGCCGUAGGCAGCAAUGACAUUAAGCAUGAGGGUGGAGGUCUCAUUGAUGAAGAGUUCACAGUGGCUCGUCUGUACAUCAGUAAGAUGAAGUCCGAGGUGAAGACUCUGGUGAAGCGCAGCAAACAGCUGGAAAGCGCUCAAGCCGAGAGCAACAAGAAGAUGGAUGAGAAUGAGAAAGAGCUUGCAGCCUGCCAGCUCCGUAUCUCUCAGUAUGAAGCAAAGAUCAAAUCCCUGACGGAGUAUCUGCAAAACAUCGAACAGAAGAAGAGACAGCUAGAGGAGAAUGUCGACUCUCUAAACGAGGAACUGGUCAAACUCAGCGCACAGGAGAAAGUUCAUGCCAUGGAGAAGGAGAAUGAAAUACAAAGCGCUAAUGAAGUCAAGGCUGCGGUUGAGCAGCAGAUUCAGAACCACAGAGAAGCUCACCAGAAGCAGCUGAGCAGCCUGAGAGACGAGCUGGAGACCAAGGAGAAACUCAUCACUGAACUGCAGGAUCAGAACCAGAAGAUCAUGCUGGAGCAAGAGCGCUUGAAGGUGGAGCACGAGAAACUCAAAACCACUGACCAGGAGAAGAGCCGCAAACUACACGAGCUCACGGUGAUGCAGGACAGAAGGGAACAGGCCAGACAGGAUCUCAAAGGCCUGGAGGAGACUGUGGCCAAAGAGCUGCAGACUCUUCAUAACCUGAGGAAACUAUUUGUUCAGGAUCUAGCCACCCGGGUGAAGAAGAGUGCUGAGAUGGACUCAGAUGACACUGGCGGCAGUGCUGCGCAAAAACAGAAGAUCUCAUUCCUUGAGAACAACCUUGAGCAGCUCACUAAAGUGCACAAGCAGUUGGUCCGUGAUAAUGCUGACCUGCGCUGUGAGCUGCCCAAGCUGGAGAAGCGCCUGCGGGCGACGGCGGAGCGCGUGAAGGCUCUGGAGUCUGCACUCAAAGAGGCCAAAGAGAACGCAGCCCGUGACCGCAAACGCUACCAACAGGAGGUGGACCGCAUCAAAGAGGCCGUCAGAGCCAAGAACAUGGCCCGCAGAGGACACUCGGCACAGAUCGCCAAGCCAAUCAGACCUGGUCAGCCCCCCGUCGCCUCUCCUACCCACCCCAAUGUCAUCCGCUCAGGGUCGGGCCUUUUCCAGAACAACCAAUCGGUGGGCAUUCGUGGCGGAGGCGUAGUCAAACAGUAAAAUAACUGUCGAAUGCUGAGUUUAACCCCAGUAGCCCCAGCUGAAGCUGAUAUCACCCCAAAAAGCUGAACAGGCAUUCCACAGCACGGGAGGGUUCAAUACUAUACAUAUGAAAAUGAAUAUAAGUAUAUAUAUGUGUAUGAAACAUGAAAUACUAUCCCCGUCUGGGCUGUACAGAUGUUCCUCCAUUCUUAUCUCUUAUAUCUUCCCUUUAAAAAUAUAAAGAAAACGUCAAAAAAAAAAAAAAAAAAAAGACAGGCUUUUUGCACCAGUGGACACGUGUGUAACUAGCGUGUAUCUCCUCAUUCUUGCACAGUAGGUUUCUGCUCACAUCCUGCUCUCCACAUCCCUCACUGUGCCAAGUUGAAUGUAUUACAAAAGACAAAAAAAGGCAGAAAUGAAUGAAAAAUGGAAAAAAGGAACAAAAAACAAAGCUAACUAGCUGCAUUAUUUUAGCCUUAUUUAUGUACGUUCACAUUUUGGGUUUAUUUUAGAGAGUUAGCUUGUUCUCUCUUGCUUUUGAGAAGUAGUUUCUAUUGAACAUUUCACCUAAAUGCGUAAGUUAAACACUACAGCUGAACUGUAUAUAUGAACCGUUGAACUAGUUUUUGUAAUGAUGGACAUGUUCAGAAAAAGAUUUAAAUUAUGAUGAAAGGGUCGUCUGAAAGUAGACAAACGAGACGCCGUUCCAUGAAAUGAGAACGAAAAGGCUGCUUGAUGUAGACGCACCUGAGCUGCAGGUAUAUUUAAAGCACUGUAUGAACACAUAACGAGAAAUCAUUGUGACAGCAUAAAGACCUGUGUGUAUGUCACAGCCUGAGGUCUUAGACGAGUUGUAGCUAGGUUAAAAAAAAUCAAUAAUACUAACGUCACGUGCUCAUUUCGAUAUUUAACUUCAUUUCUCACCGUUUAAGCAGGUAGAGUUUGCCGUGUCGAUGCUGCUCCGUUGCUCAAUCACUACGAAUCAUCAAUAAUCGUGCGUGUGGAUUUUUCCUACGAUAUUCCCAGGCGGGAUUGCCGUGACGUUGUUUUUAGUAGGCAGGGAUUGUUGACCCAACAAUGAACACUUCCCUUAUUAUUUAUUCAUCCACAUGUCGUUCCAAACCUGUUAGACUUUCCUUUCAUCCUACACUGAUGGAUAUCAGAAAGUUUAUACUGCUUUUUGAAAUUGAAAUGCAUAGAAAUAGACAAUUUCGAGCUCCGGAAUGUAAAAAAAAACCCCACCUGAGAUGUUUUAUUUCCUGUAUUCUUAGGUCAGCGGUCUUUAUUCAUUUCAAAGCUCGCCUUUCGUGGCUCUAAAAUGUCAUUUGCUUGAGACGUUAUGGCAUUUGGCGUCACGGACAUCAAACCAGCCAUGACAUGCAUUAUAUGAGCAAAUGAGAUUUUAAUAGCUUAUAUUUAUUAGGGUUUGAGACUGCAUGAGAGUGAGUAAAUGAUGACAAAAGUUUCAUUUUUUUGGCGUGUGUGUAUAGAUUGUUGAAUGUGGAAAGGAUCACAUCCCGCCCUUGUUUCCUUUUUAGAGAGAUGGUUAAUUUUACGCUUUGUUGUGUUGUUGGAGUGAGGUUUGUGCAAUGGUCAGACAGCCAUUGAAGUCACAAUAUGCCUACGCUCCUGAGUUUUUACCUUUUUGAUUUGAUUUUACGUGUUUUGGUACAGUUAAUCCAUUAUAGGGUCCAUAUUUUGAAGUUCUGCGGUUGGAUCUUCAGUGGUUUGAGCAGUGCAAACAACCCAGGGAAACCCACACGUCAUUUAGUUCCGGCUCACGCGACCAAAACACGAUUGCUGUGGUUUUCGGUUGCCUUGUGGUUUUGCGUUUGCUUAUAUAGACCUGCUGAUUGGCUCUCUACAGUUCCAAUGCUUUUCAUUCAGCACAACGUUACUGCCUUUCAUUGACUAGUGUAAAUGGGUGGGGCCUAUUUAACGGUGGGUGGGGUUUAUUUAAUCCUUUUAGGUCAUGUUUUCAUUUUGUUGCACUCGCAACUUGGUAGUAUUGUUUUAUUUAUUUCUGUUUUAUUAUAGACUAGGGAAUUUGCUGUUCAUUUUUUUGACCUUUUUUUAGUCUAAAAUGUCGUUUUUUUUUUUUUUUUUUUUCUUAUGACAUAUGUAGAUUCCAGUUCACUUGCUUUCCAUUGUCCUUUGUUUUUUCCAUGUAUUUGGAUCCAGAUCCUACUAGGCGUCCUGUGUAAAGACUGUAGUACUGUAGUAGCAGGGGGAAUAUUGAAGAUGGUGUUUUACGACCUUUUUGUGUGCAAUAUGAAUCUGGCGUAGUACAAGUUUCACAGUACUAAAAAAAAGUGAUGGAGAGGAAAAUGAAAACUGCACUCAAUAGUCCUCCCAUUUUAUUUCAUUGUUUAACGCUCAUUUGUCUAACGGUUGUCUUGUUUGCCGAAUUUAAUCUUUUAAAAGCACUUUAAAAUGUUACCAUCUCAAUUGAAAAAUUGAAAAACGCACUCGUUGAAAAACGAAAAUUUGCAUCUCAAACGUCGAAUUCCUCACUGAAUUUUAUAAUUAUUGUUAUUGAGGAGCGUCUGCAGGAGGUCAUGUGUUUUGAAGACCGUGUCAUUAUUGUUUUUUGUAUUUUAUUUUGUCUUGAAUCUGCAUUUUUAACAGUUGCUGGGGAAAACACUCCGUUUAAAUGGCUCUAAUGGAAAGAUGUAAUGGUGGUCAGACAAUGUGUACAGUUGGUUCUUCAGAGUGUGUAGAUUGAAUUGCUGUGUAUAUUUCCUUCAGUUGCUUACUGUAGGCAAGUUUUCACCCCUUGACAUGAAACGCAAAUAAAGUAUAGGGUAAAACACA